UUGCACGACACCAUUUAACUAACGUUCCUUCGAAAUUUUAAGUGUUGUUUUGAGCCAACGGCCAAUUGUCCUUUUAGAAAGUAGGGUCAUAUUCGAUGACUGCACUGCAGGGUGGGCCAGAAUUUUAACGUUAGGCUAACGUUUGUUGGCUAUGUGGGGUUGCCUUGGCAAUCUUGUUGCUUGACUUACGUUAGCUAACGUUAACGUAAGCUGGUGCUGGAUGACAAGUCUGAUGUAACCUCUAAAUCCGAAUUAAGACCUAAUUUAUGGCCAAGUAACAAGUUAUUUAGCUACUAGUCUUUUAGGUUUAGUGAACUCCCUUGGUAGGACAUUUCGGUAACGUAUAGUUGACGUCGCUGUAGCCACUCGUGUUACCAGGCAGCUGACUUGUCAGCUCUUUAAGCUACGCUGCGAGGUAAGGCCAGUUAGCCAGCUAUAUCUGCUUUGUCAGUGGCGGCUUAGCAGGGAGCUACUUGACGUUAAUGUGGUCACCGCGAAAGAGAUUAAGCACUUUGUUUUUGAUGUAGCAAUAUAAGAAUUUUGCUAUCCUAUGUAAUCAAAUCACGCUUUGAUUGCAUUACGUUACCGUCUGUCUGUUGUUAAUCAAGAGAACGUUCGAGGCCUGCGUGUUUCGUUACAGCUGUCAGCCGAUACGGUGAUCACUGGGACCCAGUAUUGGCUUUAAUUUGUGUUGUUGGUGCUUAACGUUACAGUUAUAUUUUGGCCAGUAACUUAGGCUUUACAAUAUUGUAAGAAUGAGUCGAUACCUGUCCCGGGUGCAAUAUCAGUUGUCGUUGUAACGCGCGGACAUACUUUGACCUCACCUUCCACGUUGACUAGGGUUUUAGAAACAGUUUGUGAAAAGUUAAAUUAUUGAGUGCCCGUGUAGACUAAUGUUGUGCUGGUUAUUUCUACAGCUGCCGUUCAGAUGAGUUUAGGGCCUAAAUCACUUUGUAGCAGGUGGUCAUUGACAAUGGCGCCCCUUAUGGCAUGUGCUCCACCAUGGCUAGUGACAGACUCGUCAUAUGGUAUAGGUCUCAUGACAUGCAGCACUCGAAAGUCAAAGUUAUCUUCUGUUUGUGUAAUAGAUACUUUUAACAUUCAGAUGUUAGGGAUUUAAAUGCAAGGAAAAUGUAACGAAUAGCCAUGUUAUUAAUCAAAGCUUUACAAGCGAGUUGAAGAAGUACGGCUUCGAUGACCGCCUGUGUAACAGAUAUGUGUGUAAUGCCAAUUACAAGUAGAACCAGAUUACCUUAUUUUUGUUUACAAAAUUAAAGAGAUCAACUUUUUUAAACUCGUGUGUUGUCUUGUGUAGGCGCCUGUAUCAUUAUUGACCAAUACGAAGUGUUUUGUAAAUUGGAUCAUGUAAAUAGACGCUUAUUUACAUGUCGUCACUUUAACUUUACAUAUAUUGCAACACUCGGAUUCCUUGGUGGCACCUAAUUAAUUCCUUAUGAACAGGUCAGUUUAUCAUUAACUACAUAGUGUUUAAUUUAAAGAUAGUUGUACUGGUUGUAGACGACUGGGACCAAACUGUCAAUUGAUUGACGGUACCCUUGGCCAACAGCAAGGAUGAUCAUGAAUUCUUGGCGGUUAUCUUACGGAAGACGGCGACUCUUUGGUAAAAUGUGCUUCAAGUGUGAGAGGGGUAGGCGGAGUUCAUCUUUCACAGAGCGAAUGGUUGAAGGUCGUGUAAACGCGUGCUGGAAGUAACUUGAGCUGGAAUCUGUCCAACUCUGAGAGCUUCCUUUCAGCGGCAAAACUGUCUUAAAUGGUCACUACCUCGUGAAUUAGAAGAAUUCCUUAGUUCAUUGAGUGAACGGUACCGCUUGAAAUGCUUUUGUUCAUCGAGGUGACCUCUAAGGGUGCCGGUCUGAACCCGAAUGCCAAGGUUUGGCAGGAGAUGCCUACUGUUCCCAGUGAGGCCCCUGCAGAUGGCACAGAGGGCUCCCCCUGGUCCCAGACCAACAUCCCAGAGGGGUAUCCUGACACCUCCGGAUGUAAAGCAUACACAGAAGGAUUUCCUAGCCUGGAGGACAGCAGCUCCUCAGGUGCUGCCGAGGGUACAGCGAAUGGCAUGGACCCCCCAGACCUGGAGUUCCCCCUCUGUGAGCCUGCAACAGGAAUUGAUGUUGAUUCUACCCUGACAAUGGAGCAGCCUAUCUCUGCUGAGAGUUUACGGGAGUCUCUCAAGAAAGAGCUGGAGUUCUGUUUUUCCAGGGAAAAUCUGUCCAAGGACCUGUACCUCAUGUCCCAGAUGGACAGUGACCAGUUUGUCCCCAUCUGGACCAUAGCAAGCAUGGAGGGCAUAAAGGUCCUGACUACUGACAUGGACCUUAUUCUGGAUGUGCUUAAAUCAUCUCCAAUGGUACAAGUGGAUGAGAAAGGGGAGAAGGUUCGGCCCAAUCACAAGCGCUGCAUCAUCAUCCUGAGGGAGGUCCCAGAGUCCACGCCCGUAGAGGAAGUGGAGGCCCUUUUUAAGAACGACAACUGUCCGAAAGUUAUCAGCGUGGAGUUUGCGCACAACAAUAACUGGUACAUUACAUUCCAAUCGGACACCGAUGCCCAACAGGCGUACAAGUAUUUAAGGGAAGAAGUGAAAACAUUUCAGGGAAAACCAAUCAUGGCCAGAAUAAAAGCUAUCAACACGUUCUUUGCUAAGAAUGGCUACCGUAGCCUGGACUGCAGUGUGUACUCGCAGCAGACUCCAACCCAGUCCCAGUACAGCUCGCCCCUCUACAUGCAGCCCGUCUACAGCCCCCAGCAGCAGUACCUGCCCUACAACAUCAUGCCUCCCACCUGGACACCUUCGCCCACGCCGUACUUCGAGACGCCUCUGGCCCCAUUUCCCAACAGUAGCUUUGUGAAUGGUUUUAGCUCACCUGCACACUAUAAGACUGGCUCCAACUCGCUCAACCUUGGCCGCCCCUUCAGCCGGAACCGUGUCCCACUCUAUUCCAGAAAGAAUGUAAUAAAUGCCUUCAGAAACCACGUGAAGCCUCAGUCAAGGUCCAGCGACGGCGCCCCCUCCCCGGUGGCUCCCGUUCCACUGGUGGACGGGCUCACGGGGGGCCUGCGCAGCCCCCAGCCCUCUGCAGGCAGCGGCACCGCGCUGGCCACAUCUGAGCUCAGCCCCUCCUUCACCCACCUGACCGCGUCCGAGCCCUCCGACGACUCUGGCAUGGCCAACCGUGGAAGGAGGAGUACAUACAGAGGGAACCGCAGGAGGAGAGAGGACGAGCGCACCACGCGGCAGGCUCCUCUCACAGAGGUCAAGGUCCCUCAGCCCAAGUUUGACCUGGCUGCCUCCAACUUCCCUCCUCUGCCGGGUUGUGUGGUGAGCACGCAGGGCGAGCCCGUGCUGGAAAACCGCAUGUCUGAUGUGGUCCGCGGCCUCAACAGAGACAAGUCCCAGCAGCAGCAGCAGCAACAGCAACAGCAGUCGGAUGCCAGCAAGGAGGGAGCCAUAAGUCAUACCCCAGCCCCAGAGGACACCGUCAGCGCCAGGCCGGCCCAGCCUGCAAGCAAAACCACUUCACACACCUUGGAGUCUCCUACAGCCAGCAGCAUGAGCCACCAGGAGAAGAAACAGGAGAAGCCUGAGCCCCCUGGUCAUAAAGAGACGCCGGCAACCCCCGUGGCUGCUGCUGUCGCCGCCGCAGUCACCACCACCACCACCACCGCCACCCCACCCUCACAGAUACAGCCGGCAGCUGGCCCCAAACUUCAGCCCAGCGCGGCCCCCAAGCUUCAGCCCAGCGCAGCCCCCGCCCUGGCAACCCCUCAGGCCAGCCCAGUCCCCUCCUCCACCCCCACCACCGCAACCACCAACAACAACACCACCACCACCACUACCCCCGUUUUGGAGCCCCGCAAGUUGAGCUACGCUGAGGUGUGCCAGCGCCCCCCUAAGGAUCCUCCACCAACGCCGCCACCCUCUGCCGCUGCCACCACCACCCCCCCGGCCUCCCAGCCUCUGCGUGAACUGCGCAGCAACAAGGCCGAGGAGCCGGCCGGCGGCCCCCACAGCCCCUCAGACAAGCCCGAGCGGCCCCUGGAGCGCGGGGCUGAGUGCAAGGGCCGUGAGGGACGGCCCCCCCGCGACGGCCAGGGCUACUACCGCAACAACGGCCCCCCCAGGGCUGGCACGGGUGGCCUCAAGCUCCGAGAGCAGCAACGGCGCCCCCCCUUCGGCCGACGCAACUCCCCCCAAGGAGGGCCCAGGCAUACGGGCAAAGAGCAGAACAUCCCUCCCAUAUCGCCAAAGUAAAGACUUGCAGAGAAAACAAAAAACGAAUCCAGUACAAAUGUAUGAAUAUAUACACGCAUAUAUAAAAUAUAUAAAUAAAUAUAUAUAUAAAUAUAUAUAAACAAAAAGAGAUGAAAUAAGAUAUAUAAAAGCAACAACCUAAAUGGUAGCCACCUCUCCUGCCUGGGGCAUGUCUAGAGGAAAGUCUCUUGCAAUGACUUUGCAGACUGGGACAUCCAGGAAAAAUGGGCAUAAAAAACAAAACAAUCGUAAAGCAGGGCAAACGAAAGGGAGUGAUCGAAUAGGAAAAAGAUCCCGUCUCUGAGCUUGUUGUAUUGGAAAUGUCCCCCCUCAGAAUGUAAAUCCUAGUGGUUUUUUUUUUUUUUUUGUUUAGUUUUUUCCUCCUUUCUUUCUUUUUCUUUUUUUUUUUUUGCUCCCCUCCUUCCUUUUUCCCCAAAAGAUGGUCACCUUCUCUUGCCUCAGAUUGGGCCUAUAGAUGGAACCUUGGGCAGUGAAGAAGCCCAUCACUGUCAUUCUAUAUGAAUGACCGUGGUCUGCAAUGAACUUAUGCACUAAGAAGAAAGGAACAGGCAUAUAUACAUGUCAUGUACCUAUACAAAGAUAUCACUUUAACAUGCAAUUAUUCAUCCAAUCCUGUUUUUUUUUUCAUGAAAAAAAGCUUAUUUGCAAAUUGCAGGACACUGGGAGUGAGAGUGACUUUUUGCAGUCAGUGUAUAUGAACUUUGAAGUUGUGUGGAAGGAUGUGGUUUUCAGUAGAGUUGCAUCAUCUUGGGGCUUAGGUCUCCUAUAGGAUAUGUUUGGUUGAGAAUGACUUGUUUGGAAAACCAAUUUAGGAGCAACAGUAAUACUUACUGUUGGUCAUUUUUUCUUUCUUUCUUUCCUCUUUUUCUUCAUUUUUUUUUCCAUUAAAUUGCGUGACAUUGCUAUCGAUUAAUUCUGUAUGCUUUCAGAAUCAGUGACAUGGUGUUGGAUAGCUAGCAAACCUUUUAAAUAUUGUACUAAAUAUUGCAAAUUUAAGAUUAGAUGGUUAUGGAGCCUUGUCAAUUUUCUCAGUCACAGCUUGCCAAUAAUAAUGCUGACCUGUCACUGGUUCACAGAAGGGUAAUUUAUCUUUUUCCUAUUUUUUGAUUUUUUUUUUUCUCGAAGCUGCAAACUGAUUUUAAUCAAGCACUGACCCUCAAUGCAUCACAGAUCAGAGCCAGAGACAGUUACAGAGUCUGAUAUACUUUGUCAUCUCAGAUUUGUUAAAUGUGCAUUGACUCCCUCACCCCUUGAACUGAUUUUGUACUGUGUGCUCAUAUUUGUUGAUAAUCAGCCUGGCUCUAUAUGUUUACAACAUGGUGUUCUCAGUGGGGUGUGUCCUUUAAGGCAGAGGAUGAGAAGGAGUAGGUUGAUGCAGAUGAAAUAUCUUUUUCUUUAUUUUUUUUCUUCUUCUUUUGUUCCCUCUUUUGUUGUGAGAACUCCACAUUGAAAUGGAACAUUCAGGGUUGGUCUACACAUGGAAAUCGUUAUUGUUUGAUUAACUGCGCGGUUGGGAUUGUACAGAAUAAUAGGUCAAGUGUGGUCUCUGCAAAUCUGAUUAGCGCAUGUGUGAUUUUCCUUUUUUUUUUGUUCUUGCUUACUCAAAGGCCCUUAUUGUCUGCUAUAGGAGAAAGAGGAUUGAUAAAGGUGGCGACUGUAACAUAUUUCCACUUUGCGUAUGUUUUAAAUGAAUGUUGUCCCAGGAUUGGAUUCUCUAAAGAAUCUGUCCAUUGGUGAAUUAGAGUAAGGUCACUACUCCGUUGUCCUUUUCCUGAAAUGUUAGUCCAUGGUAUUUCCUUGACUGCUAGAUUGAGUGUAGGAGGAUGGCCCUACCCAGGUGGUGUGGUAUGGUAUUCCAGAGGCGUGUCGGUGCUCCUGAGGUCACUGUUACUAUUGUGGCAGAUGAUUUGUAGGGCCUUCUGACACCAGAUCAGUGAGUGCGCUAAGAUAAGAAGCAGGAGCACCAGCGAGGAAAGGCAGUGUUGCAUUUUGUAUUGAGGUUCCAAGGUUUAAAGCUCUGCAGGACCAGCCAUUGGGUUAACUGGGUAUGAUAACUGGUAGUUUCAAAACCAGGUUGGAAACUUUGACAUACUCCCUUCCCGUUAUUCUUUUUGUAGCACAAGAAAUAUCCUCAUGCGGAAUGUAUCAAAGACCAUUCGUGGAAAAAGUGCUAAUCAUUGUGUUGCCACACCAUUCAAAUGGUUGACACUAGCCUAUGUCUGAUGUUCAUAUGACGUGCCAGCUGCCUGCAGUCCAUAGCUUACCAUGUUGAAUGUUGGUGAGAGUUGUGUGGUCUCCAACAACCAGCGGGCCAAUGUGUUCUCUUAACGUGUUAUGAUUUAGGCUAUAGAGCUGUGAACUUUACCAGCUGUUAUGAGAGUGUAGUCACUUAUUUCUUUAUCAGCCCCCUCCCCCCGCCCCCACACCACAUGGAGAGUGGUGUGGGAGUGUGACAUUGAGACCAGUAAGAGUACGACCUUACCUUCAACAAACAUGCUUACGGAACACUGACCGACUCACCGCCUCCACAGUUGUGUGGUUCAUUUAUUAUUAUUUUUUUUUUUGUGAUGUGAGGAUGGAGUUGGUGCCGUUUCAUCUUGAAAAAUCUAGUCUGUUUUGGAAAUCAGUAUUGCAGUUGGAUUUUGUUUUUAAGUAUUGCAUUAUUAUUAUUUUCAAUUAUUUAUUUUAAUCCUACUGUGCGAAGCUUCAUGCUUCACGCCCCCGCCCCCCUCCCCCACACCCCUGUGCACGCUCAAUCCUCAUAAACCCAUUUCCCCUAAUGUUGAGAAAUGGAACUGGGGUGAGAGCCACGCAUCUAACAUUUGUAUAUUGAUUGAAAUUUCAGAUGAGAAUACUUGAUGCAUUGACUAGGGGUUUAGUAAUGCAGUACAUGAAUAAUGAAUCACUGGGGCUUUUUUUGUUUGUUUUUCCAUUAAUGAAUAUGAGCAGCUAGUGGUUUAGUGUAAUACAAUAAAAUGCACUAACUUGUUUAAAAAAAAAAAAAAAAAAUCUUACUGUUAUGUAAUGUGAAAUCAUUUUAGAAGCAUAAUGAUAUUGAUGUUGACAGGCUUGCAAAAAUCUACAGGAAUAGCAUUUUCUCCUUAAUGUUUGGGUUAUUUCUGUUUUCUUGAUUUAGGGGUGGGGUGGCAAAGGGAAGAAUAUAUAGCAACGGAUUGAAGUGUUUGAGACACUAAAUUCUAGCUGUCUGAAUAAAAUGUCACAAAAAGAAAAUAAAUUAUUUUGUUUUGGCCUUAGAGUUCAAA